CUCCUCUUUCUUUUUCCUGGUUUUCUGCCUCUCCAUUCCAUGGAUCAGACUCGUAUUUUGGCCUGGAACUGUCGAGGUCUUGGAGAUACUUCUGCGAUUUCAGAGUUGAAGAAACUCUGUUUCCAACAUAAGCCCAGCAUCAUCUUCCUCUCCGAAACAAAGCGCACAGCGAUGGAGAUGACCUCGAUCCGCCCAGAUCUAGGUUUUGAUCAGUGUUUUGCUGUUGAUUGUGUAGGAAGGGGGGGCGGCCUCGCUAUGCUCUGGCGUGACGAUUUUAGUUUAACUAUUUCCACUUUUUCCCAAUCUCACAUAGAUGUGGAAAUUGUUGAUCCGGGUGGGGGUAAAUGGAGACUCACAGGGUUCUAUGGACGUCCGGAGGCUGCUCGAAGAGAGGAAUCAUGGACCCUGUUAAAAUCACUCAAGGCUGCCUCUUCUCAACCGUGGCUGUGCUUAGGUGAUUUCAAUGAAAUUCUGCGGCAAUCAGAAAAGGCAGGAGGGAACCAGCGACCAUAUAAACAAAUGGAAGUUUUUGCAGAGGCUUUAAACUUCUGCGACUUUAAAGAAAUGGGUUUCAAGGGUCCUCAAUUUACUUUUAUAAGGAAGAUGCAUGACAAUAUCAUCAAGGAAAGACUAGACAGAGUUUUGAUGAAUCCGGGAUGGUCGGGGAUGUUUCCGGGUGCUUUCUCCCAUCAUUUGCUGGCACUGAAAUCGGAUCAUGCUCCAAUACUGGUGAUAGCAACAAAAACGAUGAAUGGUUUUCAACAUAAAAGAACUAAGCUGUUUCGAUUUGAGAACUAUUGGAUCAAGGAUCCCGACUCACAAGACAACAGUUUAGGGAGGAUGGAAGCAUUAGAACAGGAACUCAAUGAUUGGCAGCGACGAGAAGAGGUCUUAUGGAAGCAGCGCUCAAGGGUACAAUGGUUAAAAGAGGGGGACAAAAAUACUGCUUUUUUCCAUAACAGAGCUUCGGCUAGGCACAAAAAGAAUCACAUUGCUGGACUUCUGGAUGACAGGGGCUCUCUUGUAACAGAUAAAAGAGGGGUAGAAGGACUUUGCAUUAAGUAUUUCAGAGAUUUAUUCACUUCCAAAUACACUGGUCCAAAUUCCAGCAUCCUGAGCGCAUUACAAGGGAGAGUUUCGCCUUUGAUGGCAAAUAACCUUGAUAGAGACUUUACUAGUUCUGAAAGUGCUUUUGUUCCUGGGAGAUUAAUCUAUGACAACAUCAUGGUAGCCAUUGAAGCCAUCCAUCAUCUGAAAAAUAAAAAGGUUGGCCGGAGAGGGCAUAUGGCUAUCAAACUUGACCUUAGCAAGGCUUUCGAUAAAGUAGAAUGGAAUUUCUUAGAAGACACUAUGCGAGCAAUGGGUUUUCCUGAGCGGUGGAUUAACCGUGUCAUGACGUGUGUUCGCACUGUGGAAUACUCCGUCUUGAUCAAUGGGUGUCCAACAAAGAAAUUCACUCCAAGUAGGGGUAUAAGGCAAGGAGAUCCCCUUUCCCUGUUCCUUUUUCUCUUAUGUGCUGAAGGAUUAUCAGCUCUAUUAUCAAGGGCUAUUAGAAGAGGGGAUUUAAAGGGAUUGACUUUGUGCCGAGGAUGCCCUUGCCUAUCGCAUUUGUUUUUUGCUGAUGACAGUUUGUUGUUUGGAGAAGCGUCUGUCCAAGAAGCUACAAAGCUGUUGGAAAUCUUGAAGGAAUAUGAGGGGGUUUCCGGUCAGCAAAUUAAUCUUGACAAGUCCUCUAUUUUUUUCAGCAGUAAUACUUCCAAUGUUGUGCAGCAGGGGGUGAUGCAAACUUUGAAUAUAUCCAAAGUCAUUGCAGAUGAUAAGUAUCUUGGACUCCCCUUAAUUAUAGGGCGAAAGAAAGCUAUCUGUUUUGAUUCUAUCCGAGAGAGAGUUUGGUCAAAAAUCAAAGGAUGGAAAACAAAGUUGCUAUCUCGUGCCGGUCGAGAAAUUUUGAUUAAAGCAGUUGUACAAGCUAUUCCUACAUACUGCAUGGGUUGUUUUAAGCUUCCGCAAAAUUUUCUUCUGUCCUUAAAUAGCAUCAUUAGCAAUUUUUGGUGGGGAGAUAACACUGAUAGAAGACGAAUCCAUUGGUUACGGUGGGAUCUCGUGUGUAAACCUAAGCGCUUUGGAGGACUAGGCUUCAGAGAUUUUAGAGCUUUUAAUUUAGCUAUGUUGGCAAAGCAAAGCUGGCGGUUGAUGCAGGAUAGGACCACCUUAUGCUAUCAAAUUCUCAGAGCUAAAUACUUUCCCAAUGGAGAUGUAUUGGGAGCUUCUGUAGGAGCUAAAGCUUCUAUGGUCUGGCGAGGGGUUGUUGAUGGUCUUGGUAUUCUUAAACUGGGUUUCACUUGGCGAAUAGGCACUGGACAAGACAUCAGACUCUGGAGGGACAACUGGUUGCCUUCUGGAGCUAUCCCUCGGCCACGGUCCGCUCUUAUCCAACAGGACAUGGAUGAUAGGGUCAGUGCUUUCAUAGAUGUCAAUACCGGCUGCUAGAAGGAAGGAGAUGUUCGUCAACAAUUCUGUGCAGAAGAUGCAGAGAGCAUUCUACACAUCCCCCUUAGUAGAAGUUGC